AUGAGGCUCACCCGCGCCCUGUCCAUGGCCGAGGCCACUGCUGCCGGCGCCGCCAAGCCGCUGCGCCCUGCCCCGCUGGCCCUGCUGCCGCCCAUCCCGCUGUACCGCCGCAUCCUCCGCGCCCAUCGCCACAAGCUGGACCCGCAGAUGCGUCUGCUGGGCGACGAGUACGUCAAGGCCGAGUUCCGCGCGCACAAGAGCGUCGACAAUCCCAUCCACAUUAUUGGCUUCUUGACCGAGUGGCAGAUGUACGCCCAGCAGCUGGAGGGCGACGCAUGGAGGGACGCCAAAAUGGACAAGGCCAAGGUGGACAAAAUGAGCGACGAGCAAAUUGCCCAGCUGUACGAGCUCAUGCUGGCCAUUCGCAACCAGGACGUCGAUGAGAACACACCCAAAGAAAAUCAGUGA